AUGGCAUUCGGAAUGACUGCCUCGGAGCGAUCAUUCCGAAAUCUAACUCUCAGCUACCGCGGCUCGGAGAGGCAGCCGCCAAAUGUGCUGCAAUUGGCGUUGAGGUUCUCCCGAGUCAUGGAAUUGGAUGAGGGCAGUCACCCACCUGGCACCAGCACAGAAGAACGCCUGAUGGCGGUCGUGCAUCAGUUCCAUGACUCAGAGGGUCUGUCCCAGAGACACAGGAUGGACGAGGACAAGCUGCGAUCAGUAUAUAACCUGAUUGCAGGCAGCAGCAACGAAGCGCGGGAAGUGAUGCGCGCUCACCUGGACAGAUUCAAAUGGAAGGAGGCUGCCCUAAACACAGAGCAGCUGAGAUCAAAUCGGUGGAUGAUUGGGGCGUCCCCCCAAGGCAAGCGCUUGUCCAGCGGAGUUGAGGCGGUGUUUAACCGUGACACCGCAAUCCCAAGUGAUGCACCUCAAGCUCAUCAUCAACAUCUUUGUUGA